GUUGUAUGAAGUAUAUUAAAUGAAAUAAUUUGAUUUUAUAUGUGUUGGAGUUAACAAAAGAUUUGACACAAGAGGAAUGGAACAAUUUUUAGCAACAAUAGCAGUGCUUCUUCUAUUACAAACAGAGUUCGUUGUUACAGAGUGUCCUCCUUGGUGCACUUCUUGUCUUGACUCAACAUGCAUGGAAUGUGAACCAUCGUACUAUUUAGCUGGUGACAAUUGUCAUCCUUGCCCAGACAGUUGUCUUAGCUGUACAGACCAGACUAACUGCACGAAAUGUAAAAUUUACAAGUGGGAAACAGGUGUGUCACAGUGCAUACAAGACUGUAGUAAAGAGUGUCUAAAUGGUGAAUGUCAUGAUGACACUGGAUACUGUUUACAUUGUGAACAUGGAAAAUAUGGACGAAAAUGCCAACAUAAUUGUAGUUUAUGUAAGAACGAUAACUGUGAUUUAUAUAGAUGUGUUGAAGGAUGUAAAUCCGGAUACUUUGAAUACCAGACUUCUAAUGAUUACUUUUGUCAAAAAUGCUCAACUUAUUGUAAACAAUGUGAUAAUGGAACUGUUUGUCGGAUAUGCAACGACGGCUUUUAUUUGAAUGUAUAUUAUCACAAUGGAAACACAUAUGUUAACUGUGCUAAAUGUCUUAAUGAAAAUGAAUGUUCAAAUGUUUGUUUCAUUCAAGGAUGUAAAUUAUGUCAAUUGGUUGAUAACAAGCCAAGAUGCUCAGAUUGCUCUGAGGGAGAAAUAUUUAACGGCAAUUCAUGUGAACAAAUUGCGCACAAGUGCUCACAGGGAUGUUCUACUAACUGUGACAGUUAUGGUAUAUGUUUAGGAAACUGUAAUGAUGGUUGGGCUGGUGAAAGAUGUACCGAAAGAUGUAAUGAAAAAUGCUUGAUAUGCUCAAACAAUGACAGGAAUAUUUGUGUACAGUGUAAUGGCAACUUUUACUCAAACAAUUGCAGUUUACCUUGUAGUAAAUCAUGUAAAAUAGAAGAAGGUAAACAAACAUGUACAUUAGAAGACGGUUAUUGCUUAAAUGGAUGUGGACAAGACUACUGGGGCGAUACCUGUAAUAAUUCCUGCCCUGAGGGUUGCCAAGAUCAUGUCUGUGAUAGAAGCAUUGGUUCAUGUACGAGAGGAUGUAAUAAUGGAUAUACCGAUCAAAAGUGUGGUCUCACUACUACAAUAAAUCGAAAAGACAUAACAAGUUUAACACAAACAAGUUCAACUACAACUGUAACUGAGAGUUCUCAAGAAAAACAGCAAAGAAAAGAAGACAACAAUGAUAUAAUCAUCAUUGGAGCUUCGGCAGGAGGAGGUUUUCUUGUUCUGAUAUUGAUUAUAGUUCUGGGUUUGUGUUUGCUUAAAAGAAGAAAAAAGUCCUCUGUUCAUGAACCUGUUCAACACGAAGAGGUGGUCGCAGAAAAUCAAAUUCAGGAUAUGUAUGCAAAACCAAUGAAGAAACCAGCAGAAAAUCAAGAAAAUCAGGACUACAUCUAUGCACAACCUAACAAAUUACAAAAGGUCAAGAAGCCUAGUACGAGGGAAAUAAGCAAACCAAAGACAAUGUAUGACAACGUAACAAUAGAUUUAGAUGAUGAAACAGCAGUAUCAAGUAAUACGUACGCGAAUGUUUCCAUUGACAUAAAUGCUGAUAGAGUGUCACAAGAUGAAACUGAUGUUGAUGAAAUCGAGUUAGAAGAACUAGAUGAGGGAAGCUCUAAACUUAUAGACACAGAGGUAAACCCACCGAGUGCUGAUUUAUAUUACAAUACAGCAAGUCUGGUACGAAGCCGAAUACAAGUAUCUGAUUUACUAGAGUACGUCAGGAAGAAGACUGAUUAUGAAGAUGAAUUUGAGAAACUACCAAAGGGUUUGACAAGAACAUGUGACGAAGCUCUUACUCGUAAAAAUCGCGGGAAAAAUAGAUACAACGGAGUGUAUGCAUAUGAUGCGACUCGUGUCGUUCUUCAAAGUAAAACCUAUAUCAACGCAAAUUACAUUGACGGACACAAAGACUCACCAGAGUAUAUAGCUUCCCUUG